AUGAAGCUCACAGUCUAUUGCUGGUCCUGGUUUGGGAUCUUGCUGAUGUUUUUGAUUCUAAGAUCUCAAGCUAGUGUGGUAGAUGACUUCUCUCAAGUACAGCGCUGUAAGGAUUUUCUUUACCUGGGCACUCCACCACGAGGUUACCUCAGUACUUCUCUGAAAAAGAUCUGCCAGAGAUAUGUGGACCAGCCUCGCUUUAUCACUUUCUACGACCCUAAAAAGCACAUUCCCAUGUAUUCCGCUUACAUCUUCAAGAAAUCUGAUGGGGAAAAACGAGUAGAUGUUCCCUGGAUGUUUGAACCACAGUUUGCACAGCUGGCAACUGAGAAAGGAAGCAGUAACAUGGAGCCGUUCCCCCAAUCCACCUUCAUGCACAAGAACUUUGAAGACACUCAGGCUGUGCUAGAAGACUACGCUGACGUGGUCCAGUAUGAACGUGGCCAGCUUAACCCAGACGAGCAUCAGGCAGACCCGCUGGACAAGGCUGCCACCUACACCUUGACCAAUGUGGUUCCUCUAAUAAGAGAGUUCAGUUUUGGCCCCUGGAGCACUCAGGUUGAGGUUAUCCGCAAACGCCUCAACAACUACUGCCACGGAAAGGCUCACGUAAUCACGGGGGUGACCACAUCUGGUAAUAUGAUUCGGCGUGAAAACCUAGAUCGUGUGGCCAUCCCAGAGUUCAUGUGGACGGCCUAUUGCUGCACUGAUUACGACCACAACGCCCCCUAUUCUGAGCGCUAUAAGUUUCCUGCGUUUGGUGCAUAUGGCCUUAAUGAUCGAGUGAAUAACCACAUAGUGGAGGUUCCCAUCAAGUAUCUGGAGAAGUUUCUCAAGGGUAAAAUGGAGGUGGACAAGAACUUCCAGAUCUUUUAUAACGACUGUGUGUCGGAUUUGUAAGGAUUGUAGUGAAUAACGAAACAAUCCACUACAUUCAUCAUCUGUAAAUUGCAGAUACAGUUAAAGCGAAUUAGUAGCCCUGCUGAAUUAUUAGCCCCCUGUAUAUUUCCCUCAAUUUCUGUUUAACAGAAAGAAGA